AUGCAUGGACAGUCGAAUCAUCAUGAUCCUCCCUUACAGCCAGAAUGGCGACUUCCUCCGCGUCUUCCCUCGCAGCCGUCGCAAACAAGGCCUCCGCCUCCUCCGCCUCCUCCGCCUCCCCCACGUCCCCAGGUUGCUCAAUAUUCACCGGCCACCUAUGGACCGAUUUCAAAUCCACAGAGGCUCCCAUCAACGAGUGGUGCGGAUACAACCACAUGGGGAGUGCGGUUCAACCAGAGCUCCGUUCCCCCGUUGCCGGUAAGUCCAAUGCCGAAAUGCCAAAAUGCAAAAAACCAACAGUUGCAUAGCCUCGACCUCCCAGUACCAAUGAGCAACGAUAUGCCUAUACGCAAUCUCAGUCGCAUCCAUCUGUCACAGCUCCUUUUCAUGGGACCCAAACCCCUCCGCCCCCACCUCCGUAUAUACAAACACCACCGCCGCCACCGCUACCUCCACCACCCAGUGUUCCACAACUGCCCCCAAAGAUCCCACAAGGCAUCCAACAUGUAUCAACCAAACCAAACGAUCAGACGGGGCGGGCUUCACUGCUCGCUCAGAGCGCAGGACCAGCUGCGAUGA